AUCGCCAAACAAGAGUGGGAAAAAGCGAUUGUUACCGCAGGUGAUGAGACGCGGCGCCGCAGGGAGAAUGCUGAAUUCUGCAUUCUGACACAUCCACAACCAUAAAAACGCAAACAUUUUUUUUUUUGCAGCAUCCACUCGUAGAUAGGAAAGGGGAAAACAGAGCGAGUGGGCUUCUUUUAGCCGGCGUGUGUCUGUGUUUGUGUGUGUGUGUUUGUGUGUGUGCGGGGACCUGAAGAAGGGGAUACUGGAGGAACGUCCUGCAGGAUAAGGGCGCGCCUAAAAAAAACCCCUCACAGAUUCAUGUGUUGUGAUUGAUUGUUCUCGGGGAAAUUGCAUCGAUCCGGGAGACAUGUUGCGGCGAGUUGUGCGACAGAGCAAGUUUCGCCACGUCUUCGGCCAGGCGGUGAGGAACGACCAGUGCUACGACGACAUCCGCGUCUCCAGGGUAACAUGGGACAGCUCCUUCUGCGCCGUCAACCCCAAAUUUGUCGCCAUCAUCAUUGAGGCCAGCGGGGGCGGAGCCUUCCUCGUCCUUCCUUUACACAAGACUGGCCGCAUAGACAAGGUCUUUCCUACAGUGUGUGGUCACACGGGUCCGGUGCUGGACAUCGACUGGUGUCCUCACAACGAUCUCGUCAUCGCCAGCGGCUCAGAGGACUGCACCGUUAUGGUUUGGCAGAUCCCUGACAAGGGUCUGGAGUCUUCCCUCUCAGAGGCGGUGGUGGUCUUGGAGGGCCACUCCAAGAGGGUGGGCAUUGUGUCUUGGCAUCCAACAGCGCGCAACGUUCUGCUCAGUGCAGGGUGCGACAACCAGAUCAUCAUCUGGAAUGUGGGCUCGGGCGAGGCCAUGAUCAACCUGGAAGACAUGCAUCCCGACGUUAUCUUUAGUGUCAGCUGGAGCCGCAACGGCAGCCUCCUCUGCACCGCCUGCAAGGACAAAAAGGUCCGCGUCAUCGACCCCCGUAAAAAGAAGAUCGUCGUGGAGAAGGACAAAGCCCACGAGGGAGCCCGGCCAAUGAGAGCAAUCUUUUUAGCAGACGGAAAGAUUUUCACCACUGGAUUCAGCCGCAUGAGCGAGCGCCAGCUUGCGCUAUGGAAAGCUGACAACAUGGACGAGCCCAUUUGCGUCCAGGAAAUGGACUCCAGCAACGGCGUCCUGCUCCCCUUCUUUGACCCAGACACCAAUAUAGUCUACCUGUGCGGAAAGGGCGACAGCAGCAUUCGCUACUUUGAGAUCACGGACGAGCCGCCGUACGUCCACUACCUCAGCACCUUCUCCACCAAGGAGCCCCAGAGGGGCAUGGGGUACAUGCCCAAACGCGGUCUGGAUGUCAACAAAUGUGAAAUUGCCAGGUUUUAUAAAUUACAAGAGAGAAAAUGCGAACCAAUCAUCAUGACAGUCCCGCGCAAGUCGGACCUCUUCCAGGACGACCUGUACCCAGACACGGCGGGCCCGGACCCCGCCCUGGAGGCGGAGGGGUGGUUCGCCGGCAAAAACGGGGGUCCCAUCCUGAUCUCGCUCAAGGACGGCUACGUCCCAACCAAGGGCCGCGAUCUGAAAGUGGUCAAGUCGAACGUCCUGGAAAACAAAGCGGCCACAAAGGCGGAGAACGUCUCGAUCGUCCAGAAGCACGUCUCUCAUGCGCCCGCGCAGCAAUCGACACAGAAGAUGGAGGACAAGCUGGAGGAGAUGCUCAGGGAGUUCAAGUCCCUGCGGGACCGCGUCAUCCUUCAGGACCGUCGUAUCGCCAGACUGGAAGAGCAGGUCGCCAAGGUCGCCAUGUAAGUCGCAGAUAUCCCCCACACCCCCUGCCUUCCCCCCUACCAGACCGAGAUUUUGCCGGCCAUGACUGCAGCGAGGCCAGGUCUGCAUUCCAAGAUGAACAUUUCCCCCCUCCCCCCACCACUAUCACACUUUGUCUCCCCGCCCUUCACAGCUGCCGCCAUGACACAAACGGAAAAAUGAAGUAUUUUUAUUGAAAGAAAGUCUUACGUUAUUUUGUUUUUGUUCUAAGUUGUGCUGAAAGGUUGUAUGUAGCAGCAGUAUUUCCUCUCAUCUUCUUUGUGUUGCCAAAUAUGGAUUGUGUGCAGUUUCAUGCACUGCUUUUGACUUUUCUGUCCUGUUGUACAUUCCAGGUCAAUCUGUUUUGGGUUUUUUUUAACGUGUUUUAUCUCGCCCACCAGUUAGUUCUUUGCUAAAGAUCAGAUUUAUGAAUGUGGAUCUUGUCAUCCUGUGGGCUUGAAAUGUCAACUUUCUUCAGAGCUGGGUGGUGUUGUUGGCAGUGGUUGGCUUUGUAAAGGUUGUAGUGGUGCCUGGUGUCACUGUUAAGGGUCAAACCAUGCAAGCCUCGCCCUGUCUGGUGCGUACUCGGUGUCGGGGAGGCACCACCGCCACGCACACAGCUCGUCGACGGAAAGUUUUGUGCACAUAAUAAAGA